AUGGCGAAUCCUGCGUCCCUCUCUCUCGGUUGGGGCGACCCUCGCCUUCACGAGAAAGAGCAUGAAAAAGAAGAUGGCCAGGUCAACGCGCGGAUUUCCGGCGCCAUCCCGCCACAUAUGCGCCAGCAACACGACCCCAGCGUGUCCUUCGAGGAGUACCUCUAUUAUGCCGAGAAAACCCGCGAGGAGGAGUUGCACCAACCCAAGUCUGCCUAUGAACAAUCCUUUCUGUCUGUCAUUUUCCCCUCGAAAACGGACAAGGGUGCUCAUGGAGCCUCUCCAUCCGCCAACACCAACAAUGGUUCGGUCAUAACUGAGGAGGAAUGGACCAAUGCCUCCAGAGCCCUGCGCACGGCCACGCGAGGCGCUAUUUUCUAUCUGAUCACUACCGAUAUUCUCGGUCCUUAUUCGCUUCCCUUUGCAGUUGCGGGCAUGGGAUGGGGACCUGGUAUUGCCCUGUAUACCGUUUUUGCGGCCUUGGCCGGUUAUUCUGGAUACCUGUUGUGGGAAGCAUUCAUGGGCCUCGAUUCAUACCAUUUCCCGGUCCGCAAUUUUGGAGACCUUGGGUACCGUAUUUUUGGUCCCUACAUGCGCCAUUUCUUCAACUUCUUGCAAGCCCUUCAGCUGAUUUUCAACGUCGGCAUGAUUGUUAUGACCUGCGGCCAAUCGAUGUCGCAAGCAACCAAGUUCAAGCUUUGCUAUGUCGUCUGUUUGGUAAUUUGGGCCAUAGUCGGUCUCGUGGUUGGUCAAGUCCGAACUCUUCAGAAGUUUGGUUGGCUGGCCAAUGGCGCCAUUUUCCUUAAUAUCAUCUGCAUGUGCAUCACCAUGGGCGGUGCUGCAACUUCCCCACCUAAUUACCAGGCGGCAGCCUUGUCGGCUGGUGCCAACAUCAAUGGUGGUGCUCUUAUCAAGCCCGUUAACGGCGUCUAUCCCCCGGUACAGACAAGUGGAGGCCUACCCGACCAAGGACAGUUCUACGGCUCGGUGAAUGCUGCCAUGCAGGCAGUCUUCUCUUAUGGUGGUGCCAUGAUUUUCCCCGAGCUCAUGGCUGAAAUGAAGCGGCCUCGUGAUUUUCUGACUGCCAUGUGGGCCGCGCAAGCCUUUAUCUAUUUGUGGUAUAUGUUCUACGGUCUGUUCAUGUACGGGUACCAAGGACAGUACGUUGUUAACCCUAGCUACCUGAGUAUUAGCAAGUACAGCGUUCAAACCGCGGGCAACGUCUUCUCGAUCGUGGCGUCUAUCAUUGCCGGGAGUCUCUACGGUAAUAUUGGCGUGAAAGUGGUAUACAAUAAUAUCUUCGUGGAACUUUUCCAUGCGCCCCCUCUGACAGUCAUGGCCGGAAAACUUGUGUGGGUGGCCAUCGUCCCGAUCUACUGGGCGAUCGCUUUUGUUAUUGCGGCGUCUAUCCCCAACUUCUCCGGUCUUGAGGGCGUUGUGGCGUCCAUUUGCAUUCUGCAAUUCACCUACACAUUUCCACCCAUGCUAUCCAUCGGGUACUGGGUCAGAAGGAAUGCCCUCAAGGCCGGCGAAGGGUUUAAUCCCGAGACGGGCGAGACGAUGCGGCUCGACGGUGGCAUCCGGAGAAUUAUCCGGGGCUUCUUCGGGCGGCGCUGGUGGAUGCAAACGUUCAACCUGUUCUUCUUCCUGGGCGCUCUGGCUCUUGCAGGUCUGGGUGCGUAUGCAUCUAUUGAGGUUCUGAUCCUAGCAUUCAACUCGGGAUCGGCUACUUCGUUUACGUGUCACAGCCCACUUGACGGGUAGGCGGAUAGCCGCUGGAUGCUGCACUUUGGUCAAUUUUGUCUACUGGCUCUGGAAUAAACAGCGGCCAUUAACGAUGCAUCUAUUAGAUCACGGCAUGCUAUUCAAGCAAAUAUGUAUUAUAUGGACUUACUAUGAAUGUAUUGAUAUCUCGACUAUACUACUCCAGAAUCA